UUUGAGCAUAAUUUGAAACUUUGCCAAGUUUCACUAUUGAGAAGAGUAUUUUUUCGCCGCGAGCAGAUUAGGGUAGGGAUGGAUGGAGAGGAUAUUUCGAGCUUGCCCUAAUUCCGGUGUCAAAAGUUUGCUAGUUGAAUUGCCGGCUUGCAUCGGUCGUUUUCAAGUGCCAACAAGCAACGUUGCUGUGCUGUUAGGCGCUUUGCAGAGGACACUGUCGAUUUCGUUAGGUUAUAAACAACAAUCUCAAAAUGAGGGAAUGUCUUUCAAUUCACGUGGGACAAGCUGGAGUUCAAAUCGGAAAUGCUUGCUGGGAGCUGUAUUGUUUGGAACAUGGAAUCGGACCGGAUGGAACAAUGGGGGCGGAUAAGACCAUCGGAGAUGACUCGUUCUCGACCUUCUUCCAAGAAACCGGAACGGGGAAGCAUGUCCCAAGGGCGGUCUUUGUGGAUUUAGAACCCUCUGUCAUCGAUGAGGUCCGAACCGGAGUCUACCGACAACUGUUUCAUCCGGAUCAAUUACUCACUGGUAAGGAAGAUGCUGCGAACAAUUACGCUCGUGGACAUUACACGGUGGGCAAGGAGAUCGUGGAUUUGGUCUUGGACAAGGUCCGGCGACAAUGUGAGGCUUGCACCGGAUUGCAGGGCUUCCUCAUCUUUCAUUCCUUCGGAGGAGGAACUGGCUCUGGGUUCACCUCUUUGCUCAUGGAAAGACUCAGCGUCGACUAUGGCAAGAAAUCCAAGUUAGAAUUCUCUAUCUAUCCUGCCCCUCAAGUGGCGACAGCCGUAGUGGAGCCGUACAACUCCAUCUUGACCACUCAUACCACCUUGGAACACUCGGAUUGCUCCUUCAUGGUGGACAAUGAGGCCAUUUACGACAUCUGCCGACGGUCCUUGGACGUGGAUAGACCUACGUAUGUCAAUCUGAAUCGCCUCAUUGGACAGAUUGUAUCCUCUAUCACGGCAUCCCUGAGGUUCGACGGUGCGCUGAAUGUGGAUUUGACCGAGUUCCAAACCAACUUGGUCCCAUACCCACGCAUUCACUUCCCCUUGGUGACUUAUGCUCCCGUUUUGAGCGCUGACAAAGCCUCGCACGAGAGUCUCAGUGUGGCCGAUAUCACAUCCUCGUGCUUCGAGCCGCAUAAUCAGAUGGUCAAAUGCGAUCCUCGUCUGGGCAAGUAUAUGGCCUGCUGCCUCUUAUAUAGGGGCGAUGUGGUGCCCAAGGAUGUCAAUUCGGCCAUUGCCGCCAUCAAGAACAAGAGGAGUGUCCAGUUUGUGGAUUGGUGUCCCACAGGGUUCAAGGUUGGGAUCAACUACCAACCCCCUACCGCCGUUCCCGGGGCCGACAUGGCCAAAGUUCCUCGAGCCGUUUGCAUGCUGAGCAAUACUACCGCCAUUGCAGAGGCUUGGGCCAGACUUGACCAUAAGUUCGAUCUCAUGUACGCCAAGAGGGCCUUCGUACAUUGGUACGUUGGCGAGGGUAUGGAGGAAGGAGAGUUCUCGGAAGCUCGAGAGGAUUUGGCAGCUCUUGAAAAAGAUUACGAGGAGGUUGGAUUGGACACCAUUGAUCCUGACGAAGACGAAGAUCAACCUGAAGAGUAUUGAUAAGCCUGCCAAAUGAAUAAAGUCAAUAAAUCAAAAGGUUGAUUAAAAAAAAAGGUGUUUUAUAAACAAGCACACAAGAUAAAGAGUCAGUUAUCAGGAUCCUAGGAGCAAGGGAUACCAAAACCUCGGAAGCAUGAGACACUUAGAUACAGUAAUUGGCAGAAUUACACUCUUCAUCAUUGCUGCUUGAGCCGCUACAGUAAUUACAUAUUUGUCUUGGGGAAAGGGUUGCUUUUUUUCGGCGGCGGACAUUUUAAAGACAAGGACAAGGGCAAACCUUCAGUUGGUCAUCUUUUGCAAGAAAAAGUUGUUAGAUUGGGAAAAGAUCAAGUAAAAAAGAGGCGAGUAUGAACUCUUCAGACGACACACAGAGGGGUUUCAAGUGCGACAAAAUGAAAAUGGAAGACAAAACGAGACAAAUCAAGUCCAAAAGUUUCAGAUAAUCUUAAUCGAGGUUCAAUCAUGAAGGCUUUCUCCGAAUUAGCUGCCUGUGUCCUUCUCAUCUUUUGUGAAAUGCAGACAGUGCGGACAGAUAAUGCCAAAGAAUGGAGUUUCUUUGAGGUGGGUGACAAGUACGCUCGAUUCAAGAUAUGUCGACCACAUCUUAAAGUCUAUAAUUGUACCCUUCUGAAAUGGAAUUCAACACACUGGGAACAGCAUAUCAGCCAAUCACAGGGCUCACUGAAGGACGAAUGUGACGAUAUGAACAACAGCAAAAGGCAUUACAAGUUCUAUCAAUUCUCACCACACUCUGAAUAUACACCCCGUGUGUACUCUAGCCCAUCAGAUCAUCCUCUAUUUAACGUGAUUAAAAACGAUGCCCUCAAAUACACAUUGGAAUUCAAAUUCCCUGAUCGCGUUAAGGAUCAUCGUUCAUGUAUCUUAAAUGAUAUCCAAGGGAUCCGUAUGGAAUUGAGAUUGGAAAAUCAUGACCGUAUCGCCUCUGAUAAGCAUAGUGCUUUGGAAGCCAAUCUGAUCUACCACCUGACCGCAUGGUAUCUUAACUCUCAAGGAGAGUACACUGAAAACGCUUUUCGCUCAGUCAGUUUUGGUUCUGGCCCUGUCUUGAAACAGAAGAUUCCGUUAGUACCCCAGCAACCCUGCUUUUACCAAACCGAAUGUGACCAGUGUGCCCAAGAAGGUACCCAAAUCUUCUUAGUGCUCUUAAUUGUCAGCAUGACAUUCAACAUCGCGUUGAUUCCAAUAUCUUGCUAUGCCUCAAGGUUUUGCGUCAAAUCUAAUUCCCAAGUACCGUUAAAUGAUCAUUCCCUUCAAACUGCUCCGCAUAUACUGAGACCGAUCACACAACGGCGACAUUUUAUCUCUUCGAUCGGGAGUUCAAAUCAAUCAAGUCAUCCUUACGAAGAGAUCGAUCAUUUCGGAAAGAGACCUCUCCUGUCGGUUGGUCCUAAUGAAAGCAAAAUUGAAGGCAGCCUUAUACAAGAUAAUGAAGCUGCUAAAUUCAGGACGGGACCAGAACAGGACCAGGUUUGCGAACCAGGAUCAUUAGGAAGAGAUAAUGACGUGUUUUCCUCCCUUUUAAAAGAUUCUUUGACCAAACAGCCGUUUUAUGCUAAGGUCAAUAUGCCCUUAAUAGAUGACCCCCUUUGAUGAUGCCUACACAUAACUGGCGGAAAUGGUCUUAUAAAUUGUGUUUGCCAUUAUUCAUCGAUUGGAAAUUUAAGGGAGGGCAACACAUACUAAAUAAGUCGAACCUUUUCUGCAACUUUGCAAUUGCAAAUUUCCGGUUUGAUUCAACUCUCUUUUGAUCGAAGCUUCAGUUAUCAUUGCAUAUUUCCCCCAAAGGAAUAUCUAAGACUUUUUGAAGAUAUUUCUUUCAACCCAUGAGAUAAGAGUUUGAAAUAUUAGACAAGUAGAUUUGAGACACAGAACUACUGUACAAGUCAAGUUGGUCUCCCAAUUUUUAUUCUCUACGAGGUACCUUUUUGUGUUUUCUCUAUAAUACCUGAUCCUUCCUCAAAAGACUGGAAAAAAUGAAUUCGAAGUUUGAUGCCACCCCAUGAAUUUGACCAACAUGGGCAGUUCAUAUAUUGCAUGAAUAAAUCUAAAUAAGUACCUAGAA